GACACCCUUCUGGAGCUCACAAACUUAGACUUGCGAUUAAGUAUUUGCGAUUGAAUUAAUUCGCAGUUACUUUUUUUUUAUAUUUUAUAUAUCUGCAAUUAACAAUUGGUUAUUGACUUGACUCUUAAUAUGAGUAAUCGAUCAAAACGAAAGUUGCAAAAGCAACAGCAUGUGAUUCUUCUGCAUUUACCAAACUCUAUAUAAAGCUCUGUAAGGAAUAAAAAUACCAUCAUCUAUCUUCCAGCCUCCACUUAUCAAAAUGAAAUAUUUUUCUCUCAUGUUUCUUGCAUUUUGGUCUAUAUAUUUCCACCUGUUUUCUCUCUUCACAUUAAACUUAUUAUGGUUUGGUCCAAAUAUAGGUGUCUUUACAUUAGAAAAUGAGACCGAUUAUUUGAUAGUAAAAGGCUGUAACUGGCAUGGAAUCACAUGCAAUCCCAUGCAUCAAAGAGUUAUAGAGUUGAACUUGCGAGGGUACAAGUUGAAGGGAUCCAUAUCUCCUCACAUAGGCAAUCUCUCUUGUAUGAGAAUCUUGAGACUCUCAAACAACAGUUUUUUUGGGAAUAUCCCUCAAGAAUUGGGACGGCUGUCACAUCUGCAAUAUCUCAGUGUCGGAAAUAACUCAUUGGUAGGAAAAAUUCCUACAAAUUUGACAUGUUGUACUCAUCUUAAACACUUAUUCUUAUAUGGGAACAAUCUCAUUGGCAGAAUACCAAAUGAAAUUGGCUCACUUCGAAGGCUUCAAGAAAUGUAUGUUACUAGAAAUCAGUUGACAGGAGGAGUCCCAUCAUUCAUAGGGAAUCUUUCAUCUCUAACUGAUCUCGUGGUCGUUGAAAACAACCUAGAGGGACAUAUUCCACAAGAAAUAUGUUGUCUUAAGAGCUUGACAAUUCUAUUACUGGAUAUCAACAAAUUGGCUGGGGCAUUUCCUUCUUGUCUUUAUAAUAUGUCAUCUCUUACUAGAAUGUCGGCUGCAGAAAAUAUGUUAAUAAAUGGCUCUCUUCCCCACAACAUGUUCCAUACCCUCCCCAAUCUCCAAACACUUUCAAUUAGUCAUAAUCAAUUCUCAGGCCAAUUCCCAUUUUCCAUCACAAAUGCGUCUAACCUUUCAAAACUUAAUAUCGGUCGAAACAAUUUCGUCGGACAAAUUCCAAGUCUGGGGAGGUUACAAGAUCUUCAAAAACUUUCUUUGUCCUGGAACAAUUUUGGCGACAAUUCAAUCAAUGAUUUGGAGUUUUUAAACUCAUUGACAAACUGUAGUAAGUUGAAAGUCUUGUCUAUAUCUUACAACAAUUUUAGUGGUCAUCUACCAAAUUCUUUGGGCAAUUUAUCCACCCAACUUCAUCAAUUAUAUCUAGGGGGAAAUCAGUUUUCAGGUAAAAUUCCAGCCGAGUUAGGGAAUCUAAAAAACUUAAUUUUGUUGACCAUGGACAAUAGCCAUUUUAAAGGGAUUAUUCCGAGCUCAUUUGGGAAAUUUCAGAAGUUGCAAGUGUUAAGCUUAAGUGUAAACAAGUUGUCAGGACAUAUAGGAGCCUUCAUAGGCAACCUUAGUCAAUUGUUCUUUUUUAACAUUGAAGAAAAUAUGUUAGAAGGAAAUAUUCCUCCAAGUAUAGGAGACUGCCAAAUGCUACAAUACUUGUUUCUUUCAGGAAACAACUUUAAAGGAAUCAUACCUUUAGAGGUUUUGAAUCUUUCCACUCUAAUAAACUUGACUUUGUCAGAAAAUUUAUUGAGUGGCAGAAUCCCGAAAGAAGUGGGCAAUCUAAAAAAUCUCAACUUCUUAGAUAUUUCUGAGAAUCGCAUGUUUGGUGACAUUCCUAUAACCAUUGGAGAAUGCAUAAUGUUGGAGCACCUUUAUUUGCAAGGAAAUUCUUUACAUGGAAUCAUACCAUCCUCUUUGGCAUCUCUCAGAGGUCUUCAACGUUUAGACCUCUCAAGAAACUUUUUGUCUGGAUUAAUUCCUAAGGCUCUAGAGAACCUUUAUUUCCUACAAUAUUUCAAUGCAUCUUUUAAUAUGUUGGAUGGUGAGGUACCAACUGAAGGUGUCUUUCGAAAUGCAAGUGAGUUAGUGGUGACUGGAAAUACUAAGCUCUGUGGAGGUAUUUCUGAACUGCAUCUACCACUAUGUCCUGUCAAAGUUAAGAAACUUAUUGCCAAACCCCGCAAGUUCAAGUUGAUUGCAGUAAUAGUUAGUGUGGUUGCUUUUAUUCUCGUUCUGUCGAUUAUUCUAACUAUCUGUUGGAUAAGGAAAAGGAAUAAGAAACCAUUUUUGGAUUCCCCAACAAUUGACCAGUUGGCUAAAGUUUCCUACCAAAGCCUAUACAAUGGAACCAAUGGAUUCUCAACUACAAACAUGAUAGGGUCGGGAUAUUUCAGUUCUGUCUACAAAGGAACUCUUGAGUUAGAAGACAAAAUUGUUGCCAUAAAGGUCCUAAACCUUCAAAGGAAAGGAGCUCACAAGAGUUUCAUAACUGAAUGCAAUGCACUUAAAAAUGUUAAACAUCGAAAUCUGGUACAAAUUUUGACAUGUUGCUCCAGCACAGGUUACAAAGGUCAAGAAUUUAAAGCUCUAAUUUUUGAGUACAUGAGAAAUGGAAGCUUAGAGCAAUGGUUGCAUCCUCUGACACUUGGUGCAGAUCGCCCAAUGAUAUUGAAUCUUGAUCAAAGAUUAAAUAUCAUGAUUGAUAUUGCUUCUGCAUUGCAUUAUCUUCACCAUGAAUGUGAGAAACUGAUCAUUCAUUCUGAUUUGAAGCCAUCUAAUGUCCUACUUGAUGAUGACAUGACUGCUCAUGUAAGUGAUUUUGGCAUAGCAAGACUUCUCUUAACAAUCAAUGGUACCACUUCUAAGCACACAAGUACAAUUGGAAUAAUAGGGACUCUGGGCUAUGCUCCCCCAGAGUAUGGAAUGGGUUUUGAGGUGUCAACUUGUGGAGACAUGUACAGCUUUGGAAUUCUUAUGUUGGAAAUGCUCACCGGAAAAAGACCGACGGAUGAAAUGUUUCAAGAUGGUCAAAAUCUUUGUAACUUUGUUGCAAUUUCAUUUCCUGAUAAUCUUUUGCAGAUUUUGGACCCACACCUUAUUCCAACACAUGAAAUGAUUGCAUUCAAAGGAAAUGAUUGGAAUCUUAAUCCAAAUAUUGAGAAGUGUUUAGUUUCACUUUUUAGGAUUGGACUUGCUUGUUCUAUGGAAUCACCAAAUGAAAGAAUGAAUGUGGUUGAUGUCACUAGGGAGCUUAAUCGAAUUAGGAAGCUCUUUCUUGUUGGUGUUGACACUUGAGCCACUUGAAAAGGAUUACAGUUAGAAUGAAAUAUCAGCUAUUUUGGAAACAAUUAAAGUGAAUGCAAUAUGAUGUGUUGCCAAUAAAGUUAAAUGGUGCAAAAAUGCCUAUUAAUGUACCCGAAUUUUCUAUCAUCUAAAUAAACCAGUUCAUCUUUCAUGGAACAUACAUGUACUUAACAAAUGUAAUACUCCAUC